AAUGACCUGUAAGAAUCUGAUCGGCACGUACAUGUGCAUCUGCUCCCCGGGAUAUAUCCCACAGCCCAGCAGAGAGCGGUGUAUGGAUUUGAACGAAUGCGCAGUCAAGCCGGGUAUCUGUGUGAACGGCCGCUGUGAGAACACCGUCGGCAGCUACCGAUGCAAGUGUAACGACGGCUUCAGUGCCAACCCCACUCAGACCGAAUGCAUCGAUAACAGAGAAGGCUUCUGCUUCAUGGAAGUGCUCCAAACCCUGUGCCAGAUGUCCUUUAGCAGCAGGAACAGUGUCACCAAGUCAGAGUGCUGCUGCGACGGCGGGCGGGGCUGGGGGCCCUCCUGUGAGCUCUGCCCCCUGCGUGGCACCACGGCCUACAAGAAGUUGUGCCCGUUGGGCCCCGGCUACACCACUGACGGCAAAGACAUCAAUGAGUGUCGUGUCAUAGCCAACCUCUGCCGAAACGGCCAGUGUGUGAACUCUCUCGGCUCCUACAAUUGCAUCUGCAAGCCGGGGUACACCACAGACAUCACCGGGUCCACAUGUGUGGAUGUGGAUGAAUGUAUCCAGGCUCCAAAGCCCUGCAACUUCAUCUGUAAAAAUACCGAUGGGGGGUACCAGUGCUCCUGCCCCCGGGGUUACCUGCUGCAGGAGGACGGCAAGAGCUGCAAAGACGUGGACGAAUGCGCAACCAAACAGCAUAACUGCCAGUUCCUGUGUGUGAACACCAUUGGCAGCUUCACCUGUAAAUGCCCACCUGGGUUCACACAGCACCACACUACCUGCAUAGAUAAUAAUGAGUGCACCUCAGAUCCGGGCAUCUGCGGGUCUAACGGGGUCUGCCAGAACAGCCCAGGCAGUUUCAGCUGCGAGUGCCAGCGAGGCUUUUCCAUGGAUCCCAGCAGACACAGCUGCACAGAUACGGAUGAGUGUGACGGUAACCAUCAGUGCCAGCACGGCUGUCAGAACAUGAUUGGCGGCUACCGGUGCAACUGCCCACAGGGCUACCUCCAGCAUUACCAGUGGAACCAGUGCGUGGAUGAGAACGAGUGCCAGGGCAGCCAGGUGUGCGGCGAUGCCGCCUGCCACAACACGCUGGGCAGCUUCCGCUGCGUCUGCCCCGCCGGCUUCAACUUCCAGCAGCACGGCGUCGGCUGCCAGGACGUCAACGAGUGCUCCUCCCAAAACCCCUGCAGCCACGGCUGCUCCAACACCAACGGGGGCUACCUGUGUGGCUGCCCCCCCGGGUUCUACAGGGCCGGGCACGGUCACUGUGUCUCAGGGUUAGGUUUGGGAUCCCCAGAAGCUGAGCAGGGGGGUGCCGGGGAUGAUAACGCGCUUUCCCCAGAAGCGUGCUACGAGUGCAAAAUCAACGGCUAUCCCAAGAAGGGCAGGAACCGCCGCAGUACUAAUGGAACCGACGAGGAGCCGCACGUACAUUCUCAGAAUGAACCGGAGACCAUCAGCUUGGCGAGCGUCGACAUUGAUGACACCCUGCUGUUAAGUUUCAACAUCAGUGACCUGAACCACAAGCAGCACCUGCUGGAGUUCAUCCCAGCUCUCUCCGCUCUCACCGACCACGUCUUGUACGUCUUAGAACAUGGGAACGACGAGGGCCUCUUCAAAAUCAACCAGAGGGACGGAAUCAGCUACCUCCACCUGACCAAGAAGAAAGUGCGUCCCGGAGCGUAUUAUUUACAGAUCGGCAGUGUGCCUCUGUACAGGAAGGAGGAGCUAGCUCGACUGGAGGAGGAGAACACCAAAGACUACCUCACAGGACAGCUGGGAGACGCACUGAAAAUGAAAGUGCAGAUCGUCCUCCAUUAACUCUUCAUGAGAGGAUGAAAUUAAAAGGCUUGUAUCCAAAGAGAUAUGGGUGAAGAGAGGGAUGGGCAGUGUCUGUGGGGGGAGGGGGGGGGGUCUCUUAUUCUAGUCUGUCUCUGCUAUUCAGCAAGGCCGGUGGGUCUCAGUCAGAAGUAAGUGUGCAACUGGAGGGGGGUGGGGGAUACAAUUUCCUAAACCAUCCGCUCUCAGGCCUUAUGUGAAAGGCUGUAGCAGUGUGAAAAAUCUUGAUGCGUAGCCUGGAUGACAUGGUAGCAUUGAUCCUGAGUUUUCACCGCCUGACACAAGCUGAAGUCUGUUUGGACAUUAAGGAAUUUUUUCUGAACAACUUCGUUCUCCAUCUUUCAAACUUAAAUACAUCUGCUUUUUUAUCAUACAGUAUUAAUUGGUGCUAGCAACAACUUGUUUUUUUGUUAAUCCAGUACUGAUAUAUUUACAAAAUACAGUGGCCAAAACAGCAACCUCUCAUGAAGAAUUCAAGUUAUCACUGCAACCAAACAAAUUUAGCUCAACGACCUCUCCAUGCUGUUUCCUCUGUACUACGUGCGAUUUUUGUGUGUUUAUACUGUAAUCAUGCCACUUUUUUAAAUAAUGGAAGCAUUUUUUUAAUAAGAUGAAAACAAACCCUACAUGAAAGGGUUUUUGUAAUGGUGCUUAUAAUGAUAAAAUUCUUCUGUGUAGUUGCGUAUGUCGUUCUGAUGUCUGUGACAGUAACCAUGUCCUGGAGUCGCGCACUCACAUGGUUGCAGUCAAUGCCAUCGUCCAGGGUGAGAGGCAUGAAACUAUCACUCGUUUCCAAUGUCUCCUCACACCAGUGAGGGGACUUAAGUAACAGUAAUUUCACAAUAAAAACAGGUUCUCGGUGUAAAGGA